CUUGCGACGCGAGCUCCGUAGAAUAGAACUCACGAUGAAGCGCCGACGCGGCCUGUGUGCGCACCCGGCCUCCGCCGUCUUACUCAACGACCACCUCCUCUCGACCAUCUCGGCGUACCAGCAAGGCCUCUACGAAGAGCUCGUGCCCAUUUACCGCGAGUGGGCUGCGAUGCAGAGCGAGGACGGCCAAUUUCUCUUCCUCAUCGACCAGUACCUUCUCUAUAUGGACCCCGUGAGUCUCCAAAAGCUACACGUGCACACAAAGCACCCACGCUUCCUCCUGCACCUCGCGAUCGUCCAAGGUCAAAUGCCACUGCUCUCGCGCUGGCUGCGCUGCGUCGGCACGUCGUGGAUCAACCACGACACGAUGAACUGCGCCGCGCGCCACGGCCAGCUCGAGAUCGUCACGUACCUCGCGACAGCCACGCGCCUCCGCUGCUCGGCCGACGCCAUGGCGUACGCUGCGGCCAACGGCCAUCUCGACGUCGUCAAGUACUUUUACGCCACCGACCCGGGCCUCGCGACGCCAUAUGCGCUGCAUCAAGCGGCCGAGUACGGACAUUUGCACGUCGUCGCCUUCUUCGCACGGCGAUGUCCACCGUCGUUUGCGCGCGGCGCGAUCGACUACGCCGCUGCCAACGGCCAUCUCGCCGUCGUGCGGUACUUGCACGAGACGCAGGGCGACGCGGGCGUGUGCUCGACCAACGCCAUGGACUUUGCGGCCGCGAACGGGCACUUGGACGUCGUCCGAUUUCUGCACAUUGCGCGCGACGAAGGGUGCACGAGGAAUGCAAUCGACGAAGCGGCGACCAACGGGUUCUUGUCCGUGGUGGUGUUUCUGCACACACACCGGAAAGAGGGCUGCUCGCGCCAAGCCCUUCGCGGCGCAGCGGGCAAUGGUCAUGACGAUAUCGUUGCCUAUUUGCGGGACCACGGCCUCGGGUGCAGCCCGCGGGAUGAAACGAAGACGUACACCAUCGACGUGGCAGAGGGCGUGGUGGCGCUGGCGGGCCAAGCCUGGCCGUCGAUCGAAGACUCGCUGGACUUUCUCAUGGAUUCGUUAAGCCGGCGAUAA